AUUUCCGCUUUAUGCACGCGUGGUUCGAAGGUAUAAUUUCACCGGCAUUGUGUGCAUCGAGGGGUGUAUUUAUAUAUUUCAAACUGCUAUCAACGAAUAUUGACACACAGGAUGGCGUAUAAGGGACAAAAAGUGCAGAAGGUUAUGGUACAACCCAUUAACCUGAUUUUCAGAUAUCUUCAGAAUCGCUCUAAAAUUCAAGUUUGGUUAUACGAGCAAACGAACAUGAGGAUAGAAGGGUGUAUUGUGGGUUUUGAUGAAUACAUGAACCUGGUGUUAGACGAAGGAGAAGAAGUCCACUUAAAAACAAAGACAAGGAAGUCCUUGGGUCGAAUUUUGUUAAAGGGAGAUAACAUAACUCUGAUACAGCAAGUCCAGGAGCCAGCCACCUGAGAUUUGAACUCUUACCCAGUGAACAUUAUCUCUCAUCUUAUUUCUCUCUCAUUUGUGUCUGUGUAAAUAAACCACCCUUCAGAUCAUAUAUCAUUCACCAGCCAAGGUUUGCUGAACGAUGCCUCAACAAUGACAGCAUGGGAGAAAGGCUGUAUGUAUUAGGGGGAGAUAACCCAGUGUUUUACAUUUCACCCAAGGUACCUCACCAACAACAUAUGUACUUCUCAACUCUGAAGUAGUUUUGUUUUACAUUGAUGUAUGUGUGCAGUUAACACAUUUUUUCCCUAAUGCUUAAUACAAACAUGCAAGUAGUUUUCAGUAUGUAAUUGUUGUGGAUAGAAAUCUUUAAAUGUGUCGAGUAUGAAAAAGUAUAUAUCUUGAAUGAAACAGUCAUUUUGAUGUCACAAAACAAAUACAUUUGUAAUUCCUCUAA